ACGUGUCUACGAAGGAAGACGGUUUUGUUUUUCAUAAGGAAAAAAGUCGAGGAACAAUGUUUAAAAAUGAGAUUUUUCAGCUAUGUUUGAUAUCGCUAUCAUACGCAAAUAUUCCAUAGAAUAUGGCUUCCUUCGGGAUAAUUAAAACACAUUUCGGCAUCUUGAAGGUUGUUUGACGCUGCUCCGUUUGGGAAUUCGCAGAAGAAGAAGGGAAUUGCGAAGGGACGGACUGAGGAGAAGUGAUGGCUCCAAGUUGUUCCGGAUUGGAUUGAAGGGAUCUCUGCAAUGAUUACCAAUGUUAUUCGGAUGCAUACGAAAGCAGAGAUAAUUUCUAAAACCCGUAUUAGUCUGUCUGUUUAAUUAAUGCCAUAAUUUGGAGUGAUCAUUUGCGAUCUAGACACUCAAAAUGGCGGAGGGAUGGCCCACCUUCCAGGUCCUGAUCCUGUUCAUAGUGAGUGUUGUGGGCCAGGACACUUGCCCUUCUCUUUGUAUUUGUUCCAGUGGUCCAGGUGCGGUUCAAAGGCUGGAUUGCAAUAAGAAAAGACUGUCUACUGUAUCCCUGGAAGCGCCAGCAUGGAUCACCCAUGCGUCCAUGAAUCAAAAUGAACUUGAAGCGCUGCCUUUCCUUGGAGAUGCCUCAUCCAACAUCACAGUGUUGUCACUUGUUCAUAACCGAAUCUCUGAAAUCGUUUCGGAACAACUGUUGCCGUAUUCAUCGCUGGAAAGUCUGGAUUUGAGCUCGAACUCUAUAAAUGAGCUCAAAGCUGGAUCAUUCCCACCCAUGCAGCUGAAAUACCUUAACCUGAGCAAAAACAAGAUAAGUUCUUUGGAGCCUGGCUGUUUUGGAAACAUCAGCUCCCUUCUGGUGUUGAAGAUCAACCAAAACCGACUGUCUCUGCUGCCAGAUAAAGUGUUCACCCUCUCUCAGCUCCAAGUCUUAGAGUUGAGACGAAACAGGAUCCGUGUGGUGGAAAGUCUCAUAUUUAAAGAACUGAAGGCUCUUAAAUCAUUGAAGAUGCAGCGGAAUGGCAUCACAAAACUGAUGGAUGGAGCUCUAUUUGGUCUGGACAACAUGGAGGAGCUAGAGUUGGAGUACAAUAAUCUAACAGAACUGAAUAAAGGCUGGCUGUAUGGACUGCACAUGCUUCGCAUUCUGCGAGUCAAUCAGAACAAUAUCGGACUCAUCCGAGCCGACGCCUGGGAAUUUUGCCAUCGCUUGGAAGAACUGGAUUUGUCCUUCAAUCACUUGAGUCGGCUGGAAGUUUGGGUGUUUACUGGUCUUAGCCUUAUUCAGAGUCUGAACUUGGGUGACAAUCAAAUCACACACCUGGGAGAAGGAGUGUUCAGCAGCCUGGCUAACGUCCGCACACUAGAUAUUCGUAAUAAUGAGAUAUCCCUCGCCAUCGAGGACUCAGUUGGCAUGUUUGUUGGUUUGAAGCGGCUCAACUCUCUGUUUUUACAGAAUAAUAAGAUCAGGACCAUCACUAAGAGAGCGUUUGAGGGUCUGAUGGAGCUUGAGCAUUUGGACUUGAGUAACAAUGGUAUCAUGUCUAUUCAUCCGGAUGCAUUCUCCCAUUUGAAACUUAAAAUACUUGAUCUGAACACCAGCAGUCUCCUGUGUGACUGUCAACUGCAGUGGUUUGGCCAGUGGUUGAUUGACAGCUACUUCCAGCAAUCCUGCACUGCUGUGUGUGCGCAUCCCAUCUCCCUAGCAGGAUCUAGUGUGUUCAUGGUAAAACCAGAGGAGUUUGUCUGCAAUGACUUCCCGAAACCUCAGAUCAGUGCUCACCCCAAGACCGCAGUGUCCUUACGCGGCACCAAUGUCACUCUGAAUUGUUCUGCGUUCAGCAGCAGUGACUCGCCCAUGAACACCGCUUGGAGGAAAGAUGGAGAAGUGCUGUAUGAAGGUCCGGUGCAGAACUACGCUAGGUACCAGGACCACCACCUUCUCUACACCACCAUACUUCACCUGCUCAACGUCAACUUUACAGAUGAAGGACAGUACCAAUGUGUGGUCUCCAACCAUUUUGGCUCCAACUACUCCACUCUGGCCAAGCUCACCGUCAAUGAGCUCCCUGCCUUCUUGAAGACGCCCAUGGACCUGACGAUCCGCACGGGCACGGUUGCUAGAUUGGAAUGCGCUGCAGAGGGACACCCGACACCCCAAAUCGCCUGGCAGAAAGAUGGCGGUAUCAAUUUUCCCGCCGCUCGCGAAAGGAGGAUGCAUGUCAUGCCAGAUGAUGACACUUUUUUCAUCGCCAAUGUGAAGGCCGAAGAUAUGGGGGUAUACAGCUGUACGGCCAAAAACGAGGCGGGCAGCCUCUCGGCCAAUGCCACUCUUACUGUGUUGGAAACUCCAUCGUUCCAGCGCCCUCUAGUGGACCGUACCGUCACCCGAGGUGAAACUGCUGUCCUCCAGUGCAUAGCUCGAGGUAGCCCCGCCCCCCGCCUUAACUGGACCAAAGACAACGCCCCAUUGGUUCUGACAGACCGUCACUUCUUUGCCGCAGCCAAUCAGCUCCUCAUAAUCGUAGAUGCCGGCCCGGCUGACGCAGGGAAAUACACAUGCAUCAUGUCCAACACACUCGGCACAGAGCGCGGCCAUAUCUACCUCGGUGUCUCGCCCUCGACCAACUGUGACCCGGUGGUCAGCGUAUACGGUCAGGAUGCAUGGACAAUGGUUGGCAUUGUUGUGAUGGUGGUUGUCUGCUGUGUGGUUGGCACCUCACUUGUAUGGGUCAUAGUCAUCUAUCACAUGAGACAAAAGAGUGAAGACUACAGUAUAACAAAUACAGAUGAGAUGAACCUACCAGCUGAUAUUCCCAGUUACCUGUCGUCUCAGGGUACUCUGUCUGAGCCGCAGGAGGGCUACAGUAACUCAGAGAAUGGAAGCCACCAGCAGCUCAUGCCCUCUCAUGGUAACGGUUAUGCCCACAAAGGCACUGACGGAGUAUGUUAUGGUGAAGUGAGCAGUGAGGUGGACCCAGAGUCUAAUGGAAUGAUGGGGAGUCAUGUGGGCUCUUUAUUUGCUGGACUUAGCAGCUUCCACCGCAGUGAACCCAGAGAGGGACAGGCAAAUGUACCCAAUGGGGGAACAGGGCCUCUGAUCAUCUGCUCAGAUUGCUAUGACAAUGCCAACGUCUACUCUCGUACACGUGAGUACUGCCCAUAUGCCUACCUGGCUGAGGAUGACCCAUUGGUGGCGCAGCUCUCCGGGCACCAGAAUGACCAUCAAGAGCGGGACCAGCAUAUAGGCACAGCACUGGAAAGUUUGACUAGUCGGCAGAACACAUCAGUUUUCCUCACAAACCAUGUACCACAACUGCAGGCUUCAAAACACUAUAACACUGAUGUCCCUAGCAGAUCAUUUUGGGGUGGAAAAGAAACUCACUCCUCCAUCCUUGCCCAGGGCUCAGUGACUGUACACAAGUCCCAGACGGAUUUGCCUACUGGGGACAGCCGAGAGGGGAGGAGUGGGGUGCUGGAGGAAGAGACAUACAGGACUAACUCACAGGAAACCAACUCUGCGCCCACAUAAACCCAUCCAAUUCUGCCUUCCCCAAUGCCCUUGACCCCAACAUCACCACUAUCCUCGUCAUGGUCAACCCCCAGUGCCCUCAGCCCACUACCUCUUCUGAGAAGCCUCAUUAUCUGCCAAAUGAAAUGCCUCUCUUUAUAAUGUUUACACACCUGUUUCUCCCCACCAUGUUACUUCGUAGUCCACUGGGAUGUGCGUGUUUUGUGGAAAACUCUCAGAACUGGGAGACAAAAUUCCUUUUUACCCGUUCCUCAACAACCGUCUGGUCAGAGCCGUGGCUCUGAAUGUAACAUUUCCAAGAGUUCCACUAGCCCUACUGAAACUUUUGACAGACGAAUCAGCCAUGUUUCUCUUUUUCCCUACAUACUUCAGAAAGAUGAGCCUUUUCGCAUAUGCCAAAUCUUGACCAAGAUUCCCUCGUUAACUUCCUUUUAUCUGGGAAAGGAGCUGUGUGAAUUUGGACUGUGAAAAUAUUGACCCUUUCAGGGCGAGAACUGGGCAACCAGCCUGCCUUAACAGGGCAGAUAUGUUCUCUGAGUGACAGAGGGCCAAUUAUCUGUUUUGUAUUUCUCAUUCCUGUUGGCAAAUUGUACUGACUGAUUGCCAUUAAUAUAAUAGAGUUAAUGGCUCUGUUCUUUUCAUUGUACGCCGAAGUUACUGUUGUUAUGCAGUUAUUGUAUUUUGUGUAGUGCUUUUCACAAAUGCAAAAAUAUUCUUGAAUAUUCCUUUCUCCAUUUUCUUAAGGCACUAGAUUAGUCAGAAAGACAGGAUAUUGCACCUUUGACAAUCUGCCCAGGACAGCCUUAAACGAAUCAAGUUUUUUUUUUUUUUUUACGGUUCUCUCCCAUAUUAAUCCUGUCUUGCUAUUUUAUUUGUCUUUUUCAAACAAAAUUUUAAAGGGUUAUCAUUAAAAUAGUUUUGUGCCCACUAUGUGUACUAUAGAAAACAAGCUAUAGGGCCUAUCUAUGUAUAUACAGUGCUGUGAAAAAGUAUUUGCCUCCAUCCGGAUUUCCUCUGUUUUUGUGUAUACUGUAUCAUACAACAUUGUUUAAAAAAUUUCAAACAAAAUCAAAAGGCAAUUGGAGUAAACACAAAAUACAAUUUUUAAAUGAUAAUGUUAAUUUAUUGAAGCAAAAAAGUUAUAUAAUACCAACUGGGCCUGUGUGAAAAAGUAUUUGCCCUUUCCUUACUAAAGUUACUAAAGAACCACAGUGAGUGCCAUUAUCUCCAAAUGGAGAACACUUGGCAUAGUAGUGAACCUUCCCAGAAGUGGCCAGCCUUCCAAAAUUCCUCCAAGAGCACAGCGAUGACUCAUCCAGGGAGUCACAAAAAAGCCAAAGACAGCAUCCAAUGAACUGCAGGCCUCUCUCGCAUCAAUAAUGGUCUCUGUUUAUCACUCCAAUAUCAGAAAGACACUGGCCAAAAAUGCCAUUCAUGGAAGAGUGGCGAGGCGAAAUCCACUGAUAACCCAGAAGAACAUUAAGGCUUGUCUGAAGAUCAUCAAGGUGUUUUGGCAAAAUUCAAAGCUUUUGGGAGAAUGUUCUGAGGACUGAUGUGUCGAAAGUGGAACUGCUUGGAAGACAGGGUCCCAUUACAUUUGGUGUAAAUCAAACAGAAUUCCACAAAAAGAACAUCAUACCUACGGUCAAGCAUGGUGGUUGUAGUGUGAUGGUGUAGGGAUGGUUUGCUGCUUCAGGGCCAAGGUGACUUGCAUUAAUUGUGGGAAACAUGAAUUCUGCUCUUUACCAGAAAAUCCUAAAGAACGUCCGGUCAUCAGUUCGUGAGUUGAAGUUCAAGCGCAUCUGGAUUAUGCAGCAAGUCAGUGAUCCAAAGCAUAGGAGUAAGUCCACCCCUGAAUGGCUCAAAAGAAGCUAAAUUAAAGUUUUGGAGUGGCCUAGUCAAAGUCCUGACUUGAACCCGAUUGAGAUGCUGUGGCAGGACCUUAAACGUGCAGUUCAUGCUCAAACUCUCCAAUGUGGCUGAACUAAAGCAGUUCUGAAAAAAAAAAAAAAAAAGAAUAUCCACCAAAAUUCCACCACAAUAUUAUGAAAGACUGAUCUCCAGUUAUCGGAAGCGUUUGGUUUCUGUUGUUGCUGCUAAAUGUGGCACAACCAGCUAUUAAGAUUAAGGGGGCAGUUUUUCACAUGUGUGAUAUAGGUGUUGGAUAACUUUGCUUAAUUCAAAAAUAUAUUUAAAAACUAUUUUGUGUUUACUCAGGUUGCCUUUGUUUUAUGUUAUAUUUCAUUUGAAGAUCUAAAACAAUUUAGUAUGAAAAAUGCACAAAUAUAGAAGAAAUCAGGACUGUAUUUCACAGCACUGUAUACAGUUGAGUGCAUAAGUUUGCACCCCUCUAGCAGAAUCUGCAAUAUAUUUAUCGUUUUAUAAAUUUUAAAACUGAUUAGUAAACUAAUCUUGAACUCAUCUGGAGUUCUUUGCCUUUUUCAAAAAAUAUUAAUUGUGAAACACAAAUGCUUGCAACCUUCACGAUUUUAGGCCUAAAACAAAAUUAGACAUAUUUAGGCAUAGCCAUGCCUGCUAUUAAUAUUUUAAAUUGCAUUUGGCCUUAAAAACAAAACCAAAACAAAGAAAAAACUAGAUUUUGACCUCCUUGUUUGUGAACACUGAAUUAAAAGGAUACAUUUACUCAUCCAUUUGCCAUCUCAAACUCAAAUGUGACUUUAUUUCUUCUGUGGAACCCAAACAAAGAUAUUUUGAAGGAUAUAUGAUGUGUUUUUGUCCAUACAAUGCAACCCAAAGGGGGUCCAUAACUUUCAAGCUCCAUAAAGAACAUAAAGGUAGCGUAAAAGAUACGAUUUACAUGGUUUAAUCCUAGUCUUCUGAAGCUGUAUGACUGGAUUCGGUUGAGAAACAGACCAAAAUUGUAGUCCUUUUUACUAUAAAUUUUGACAUCUGCAGUGUCCUUGGCACAUCAAGAGCAAAGAAAUGUGAAUGAGCUUCUGUCAUGAACCUGCCAAGGAGCCUGCUGAUGUCAUAGUGAAUGUUAUGGACUUGCAUUGUAUGUGCAAAAACAUGCAUCAUUCAAAGUGCUUUUGUCUGCCACAGGAAAAAAAAAAAAAAAAAAAAAAAGUCAAACGAAUUUAAGAUGGCAUAAAGGUGAGUAGGUGAUGAGACUUAUCACUUUUGGGUGAACUAUCCCUUUAAGAGAAGUGGGCUGUGUCACAAAAUGUUAGUCAAUGAUGUAACAGAGAGCCUUUCCUUAAAAGGCAUGUUUUAAGAAUACUGUUUUCACGCUGAAUUUUAAUGCACCAUAACGUCACUUUGAAUGAUCUUGGACAAAUUUAAGUGAGUUUAGGGAAUAUUUAAUUAUCAAAAUGCUUAUCUAUCUGUAGAAAUAACAAAUUGAAAUUGAUUUCAGCCACUCCAUGAGAUGCUAUUUUUAUAGUUUAGGCAGUAUUUUUCAAGUUUCAGACACAGUCUUUCUAUUCUUUGAGGUUAUUGCUUUAAGACGAGCUACUUUUCACAUUCAGCCUAACCAGUUCUACUACGGAUGAAUCAUAGCCAUGCUGAUAUUCAGUACAACAGCACUCUUGCUUCUGCAUUAUUGCUUAAAGGGAUAGUUCACCCAAAAAUGAAAAUUCUUUCAUCAUUUACUCACCCUCAUGCCAUCGCAGAUGUGUAUGACUGACUGUCUUCUGCAGAACACUAUUAUUUUAUUUAUUUAUUUAUUUUUUAAGAAUCUCUCAUCUCGGUAGGUCCUCACAUUGCAAGUGAAUGGUGACCAGAACUCAUAAGGUCCAAAAAGGACAUUCAGGCAGCAUAAAAGUAAUCCAGUGGUUCAAUCCAUAUCUUCUGAAGCCAUACGGUAGGCGUGGGUGAGAAACAGAUUCAUAUUUAAGUCCUUUUUUACAAUCAGUCUCCACCUUUGACCACUCAUUUUUGGGUGAACUACCACUUUAAAUGGCCCAAAUCAUGUCUCAUCCAGUGGCUUCCGGCAAUCUCUCAAUUUAAACAUUUGAGCUAUACUUUUUGUUCACAAGGCUCCACAACACGGCAGUACACGGUUUUGAUUUUUGCACUUUCUUUGAACUUACAAAAGCUUAUGGAUAUUCACAGCAGCAGAUAACUGUGGUCACUGUCCUGUUAUUUUUUUAGAUUCCAUUUCUAAACGCUUUCAACCACUAUCCAACUGUGAUAAAGACCCAUAGAUUUGCAUAUUCAUUUGUUGCAUUUUGCACAGUUUUUUGCCUCAGUUUGCUGUACAUUUAUACUAAUCAGAGACCUUUAUGCCAAAUGAUACGACUGACUCCACGCUGUGUCAGUUUCUGUUGUUGAUAGCAGAGGAUUAUGUGUCAUCCAGUGGCUUCCGGCAACGUUUAGGAUAUCUAAACUUUUAGGAUUACUGUUAAUGCUUGCUUUGCCUAUUACAGUAGUCUCAGAGUGACACUGUUCAUCUCUCAGGAGAUUAAGGCAAAACAAUUUAAUUUAAGUGAAUGGCAGUUUUAUUCUACUCUGAAUAAUACAGAACUUUGUUAGGAAAUGAACUGUUUAAUACACUUGGCAAGUGUGAUUUCUGUGACUUUACAUUCAUUUGCAAUUCUAUUCAGUUUACGCCAAAGAACAACAAACAUGCAUCAAACAAUCCGUUUUCCACCAACAGAAAGAAACUUCUAUCUCUGCAGAACAAAAAUGUGCUUUUCCCAAUCAGUGGGCAUUUUCAAACCAUUGAGAUUCCCUACUUUCACUGGAUAGUUUAGAAAUGCCCAUCCUGGUUUGGAAACGCCCACUGAUUACUACACUGGGAUUCCCUACUUUCAUUGAAUAGUUUAGAAACGUCAAUCCCGGUUUGAAAAUGCCCACAGAUUUGAAAAAACCUAUUACUGUUCUGCUGAGACCUAUACUUGAACAGAAACCAAAAGUUUAGCGCUAAUGCUAAUUUAAAUGCUGCUUUUUAAAAUGUUGUUCAAUUUUUGUUUUGUCAAGUGUAAUGUUUAUAUGAUACAACAGUACAUUCUGUAAAGCAUGUAUAAAGAACAUCGUGUUUCAGGAAAUGCCAACAAUUAGCUGACAUUUAAACAAUAAAAUGAAAAUUCAGUUGCACCAGAAGUGCAUUAUAUUAUUCAAAUAAAUUGUUGGAAUCUUAAA